AAUAUUGUCCCAGCUGCAUCCCCCAGUCCUGCCAGAGACCUGACACGUCCCUUGUUUACCCCGGAUCAAAGCGAAGCUCCGGCUCCAGAGUCUGUAUCAGGGCAGAGCAGGCUGGUCUCCAGCACAGAGCGUGGGGGAGAGGGAGGAAGAAGGACCCAGAGGGGGGUGACGUGUGUGUGUCCCCUUGUGCCUGCCCGUCUGCCUGCACCCCAGGAAUGGGGGCCCCAGUAACCUGCCUGCUGCUGCUCCUGCACCUCACAGCUGGGACGUCUGCAGAGCCGCACUAUGUGGUGGUGAGCGCAGCCGAGCUCUACCACCCGCACACGGGGACGGUGUCAGUUCAUCUCAGCGACCUCAACGAGACCGUCCGGGUGAGCGUCCGGCUGGAGAGGGGGGAUGGGCCCAGCGCUAUCACCCUGCUGGAGAGAGAGGUCCGGGAGCCCCGUCUGCACGAGACCGUGCGCUUCCAGGUUCCAGCCCCGUCCGGGGGGCAGCAGGAAGUGGCAGAGCUGCACGUCUCGAUCCGGGGAGAUGCCCUGCAGUUCUCUGAGCGGAAGAAGGUGCUGCUGCGGGCGCUGCAGCCCGGGACCUUUGUGCAGACGGACAAGGCCGUCUACAAGCCGGGACAGACAGUGAAGUUUCGAAUCGUCAGUUUGGACAAAGACUUUGUUCCCAGUACCCGGAAGCUGCCCCUGGUGACCGUGCAGGAUCCCAGCGGGAACCGCAUCGCCCAGUGGCGAGAUGUGACUCCACAGCAGGGCAUCGUGGAUCUGUCCCUCCCGCUGUCUGCAGAGCCGGCCCUGGGGACGUACGCCAUCGAGGCGCAGGGGACGAGGCACUCGUUCAGCGUGGAGGAAUACGUGCUGCCCAAGUUCGAAGUGACCCUGGAGCUGCCCCCCGUGAUGACGGUGCUGGAUGAGACGCUCCUGCUGCGGGUGUGCGGCCGAUACACCUACGGGAAGCCCGUCCUGGGGAGGGUCCAGGCCAGCCUGUGUCGGGAGGAACAACAAGCAUAUCCCUGGUACGAGGCUCGGUGCACGGAGCUUACCGGCCAGAGGGGGGCUGUGAUCUGCCGUGAUGAUGUUGGUGACAUUGGUACUGACAGCAACGGCUGCUUUUCCACAGAGGUGGGGAUGGCUCGCUUGGAGCUGACCCACUCUGGCUAUGAGAUGAGCCUCCAGGCCCAGGCAUCUCUCGUGGAGGACGGGACAGGGGUGAAGCUCAAUGUGACCAAGAGCUGUGACAUCGUGUCUGAAAUCGCUACGGUGACCUUUGAGGACGCUGACGAGACUUACAAGGCUGGAAUCCCCUACACUGGCAAGAUGCUCCUGAAGGCGGCAGGUGGCUCUGCGCUGAAGAAUGAGAAGCUGCAGCUCUUUGUUAGCUAUGGAGAUGAGAAUAAGAACCAGACCUUCCUGACGGACGAGUCUGGCAGAGCCUCCUUCGAGCUGGACACCUCCGGCUGGACCGGGUGGGUCACUCUGAGGGGGCGCUUCAAGCAGGUGAACGACAGCGCUGAGCAUGACAGAGUCUCUCCCAGUUACCCGGAUGCCCAUCAUAACCUGCAGCCCUUCUACUCCAAGAGCCAAAGUUUCCUGAAGAUCCGCGGGCUGGGAGAGGGGCUGCCCUGCGACCAGGCCCAGCAGCUCCAGGUGGAUUACGUCAUUGCCAGGGAGGCCCUGGGGAACGGGUCCAGGAGCCUGGAGUUCAUCUUCCUGGUCGUGGCCAAGGGAGCCAUCGCCAGGAUCCUCCACAAGGGGCUGGACCUCAGGGAAGGGGCUGGGCUGAAGGGCUCCUUCUCUGUGGAGCUGCCCGUCGGCGCUGACCUGGCGCCCGCUGCCAAGGUGCUGGGUUACACGGUGCUGCCCGAUGGCGAGAUGGCUGCUGACGGCGCCUGGCUGCACGUGGCCAAGUGCCUCCCGAACAAGGUGAAGCUGGCCUUCUCGCAGGACCGGGCCCUGCCGGGCUCAGAGCUCCAGCUGCGGGUGCAGGCUGCCCCCGGGUCCCUGUGCGCCGUCCGCGCCGUGGAUCAGAGCGUGCUGCUCAGGAAGCCCGAGGCCGAGCUCAGCGUCGACACAGUCUAUAACUUGCUCCCGGAUUUUCCCCGAGGAGACUAUCCCAACGCAGUGCGAGAGCCGGAGUCAUGUCAUCCUCUGGGUGUUCCGGGUGCUCUGGGUCCUCCGGUUGUGGCGGGUGAGCCGGAUGUUCCGGGUGGUCCGGUUCCAGUUCCUCACUGCCGUGCCUUAGGUUCCAGGUGGAAGUGUCGCAGAGGGACUAGCAGCUGGACUCCCCCUCAGCCUGACGCCUACAGCCUGUUUAAGGAUGCGGCUUUGAAAAUUCUCACCAACACCAACACCAAGAAGCCCUGUGAACAUGGACACUCUUUAACACGUCGUGCUGUCCUACCCUUGGCUGUCUGGCUGGGCCCCGCAUUGUCCUCACCAGACAUGAUCCCUGGGGCAGCACAUGUGGACAGUGCAGCAGGGACCCCAGUGAGCAAUGCCCGGCCCGUGCCAGAACCCGGCACCCAGGAGGAGGCAGCACCACGUCCGUACUUCCCAGAGAUGUGGCUGUGGGACCUGGUGCCUGUGGGCGAGGGGGGCUCCAAGGAUCUCCCAGUCUUGGUGCCCGACACCAUCACGGAGUGGAAAGCUGGGAUGUUCUGCACGGCGGAGGUGGGCUUUGGGCUCUCGCCCACGGCCACCUUCACGGCCGUCAAACCCUUCUUUGUGGAGCUGGCCUUGCCGUACUCCGUGAUCCGGGGAGAGGCCUUCGCCCUAAAGGCCACCGUCUUCAACUACCUGCGGCAGUGCAUCAAGGUGCGGGUGACGCUGGCAGAGUCUGCGCAGUUCCAGGUGCAGGUGGGCGAGGACGGCGCCUACACCAGCUGCCUCUGUGCAGACGAAGGGAAAACCUUCCAGUGGGAGGUGACGGCGAGCAGCCUGGGGGAGGUGAACUUCACCGUCAGCGCCGAGGCUCUGCGCACCGAGGAGCUGUGCGGCACAGAGCUGGCCGUGGUGCCGGCCCAGGGGCGAGUGGACACUGUGAUAAAGCCCCUGCUGGUCCAGCCGGGGGGGAUCCUGGAGGAGAAGGCGCACAGCUCCCUGCUCUGCCAGGAAGCCUCCGAAGAAAUCUCCUUGCAGCUGCCUGCGAACGUCCUGGCGGGGUCUGAGCGGGCUCACGUGACUGUCCUGGGAGACAUAAUGGGCACAGCUCUGCAGAACAUAGACCGCCUGCUGGCCAUGCCCUAUGGCAAUGGAGAGGAGACCAUGGUCCAGUUCGCUCCAAACAUCUACAUCCAGCAGUACCUGGAGAAGAGCGGGCAGCUGAGCCCAGAGAUCAGAGACAAGGCCCAGGAAUUCCUCCAGAGCGGCUACCAGCACGAGCUACUCUAUAAACACAACGACGGUUCUUACAGCACCUUUGGGGAGAGCGACGCCAGGGGCAACGCCUGGCUGACGGCCUUCGUGCUCAAGUCCUUUGGCCAGGCCAGGCCCUACAUCUCCAUCGACGAGAAGCACCUAGAGGACGCCCUAAGGUGGCUGCAGAGCCGCCAGCUGUUGAGCGGCUGCUUCUGCAGUGUGGCGAACCUGCAGGGCGGCAUGGUGGACGAGCUCUCUGUCUCGGCUUAUAUCACGGCGGCGCUGCUGGAGCUGGGGCAGCCGCUCAUGGACCGCAUGGUGACCAGGGCCCUCCAGUGUCUCCGGGAGUCGAGUACCAGCGACCUCUACACGCAGGCGCUGCUGGCCUACGCCUUCGGGCUGGCGGGGAGCACUGAGCUGCGGGACGCCCUCCUGCAGCGCCUGGCCCAGCACAGUGUCAGCGCCGGGGAACAGCUCCACUGGUGGGGGAAGCCCAGCUCCUACGGGAACGAGGCCCCAUCGGCGGAGGCAAUGACGGCUUACGUGCUCCUGGCCUAUCUCUCCCUGCCCAACGUGUCUGCUGCCGACAUGACGACCGCCACCCAGAUCGUCCGCUGGCUCAGCAAGCAGCAGAACCUCUACAAGGACUUCGCCCCAACACAGGACACGGUGGUGGCCCUGCAGGCCCUGGCCAAAUACGCAGCCCUGACGUACAGCGCGAGCGGGGCUGUGUCGGUGAUGGUGAGCUCCCAGGCCGGGGCCCGGCAGCAAUUCCACGUGGACAACGCCAACCGGCUGGUGCUGCAGCGAGCGGCCCUGCAGGAGAUCCCCGGGCAGUACACGGUGCAGGCCAGCGGCAAGGGCUGUGCCUUUGUGCAGCUGAUCCUGCGCUACAACGUGCCGCCCCCAAAGAGCGCCGCGACCUUUGACCUGCGGGUGGAGACGGAGCCGAAGGAGUGCACCGAGAACGCCACAUCCCGCUUCAGCCUCGUGCUGCACGCCCGGUACAGCGGGGAGCGCCCAGCCACCAACAUGGCCAUCAUCGAGGCCAAGCUGCCGUCCGGCUACAUCCCCGUCCAGAGCUCCCUGCGGCAGCUGGAGAAGCAGCCUUUGGUGAAGAGGCUGGAGGUGCAGAACGACCAGGUGACGCUCUAUCUGGACCAGCUGACGGAGGAAGCGGAAAGUUUCACCUUUUCCCUGGAGCAGGAUUUCCCUGUGAAGAAUCUCAGAGCAGCCCCAGUGAGACUGUACGAUUACGAGACUGGUGAACACACAGAGGCUGAGUACAGCGCCCCCUGUGGCUCAGCCCCUGAUGCCGACACGAUGGAAAAUUCCCACUGAAGCCCCCACCGGUGCUGGGCAGCCCCCUCCCCUCCCGUCCCGAGAGCCCCGCACCGGCAGCCAGACACCCCAGGAUCGGGGGGGGG